AUGUCCCUCCAAGACCAAAUAAACUCCCUCACCACCCUCCCCCUUGCACAAGCCAUCCAAAAGAUCGCCGACCUCACACCCCGUCUGACCGCCACCUUCCUCCCCAAAUAUGGCUACUGGGUACACCACCCCGCCUACCACGGCGAAGGCAACCUAAACGACCUCGGACGCAUCUGGCUCCAACUCGGACGCAAAUGCUACAGCGAACACGCACCCCUUCAAAUCCGACUCGUCCACCAAUCCAUGGACGACGUCUUUUUCCAAAUCUACGGAGCAACCUACGACAUUUUGAAAAAGGGCCUGGCAGACGGGACGAUUCCAAAACCCGAGGUCGACGAAAAUCUAGGAUGUGCAUGCUGUCGCGGUGAGCCAGAUGCGACGAUUCUGGCGGGUUUCCAUGAGAAUGAGGCGCUGUACUUUGAUCGGGAGGAGUAUUGGGCGCUGUGGGGGGAGCAGCCGAAUAUUGGGGAGAGACAUGGGGCAGACAUGCAUGCUUUUGCGGCGAGUAGGGCGCAGGUGGUGGAGGCUAUUGCGAGGUCGGAGGCGGGCAUCAUUAGCAUGCUGUAG